GUGGUCCAGAAGAAAGAACUUAAUUAAAACAUGAUCUCUAGUCAAAGAAGCUGUAAUCAUAUUCCACCAUAGCCAGUAGUAGCAGUAAUUCACACUUCCAUUAAAAUAAGCACUCAUUGAAAAAGCUACAAAUUCCACUAUUUAUUUAUUAGAUUCACACAUUUUUUGUGCAUCUCGAAGGGGAAGACACAUCCACCACUUAAUAUCACCACAAACAAACAUGGUCAAUGUCUCUUCAUAGUCCCAUCCUAUUCAAACCAUUUUAAUAUAGAUUCGACUCUGUAACCCACUUAUUGUGAUCACGAAUCAUAUAAUGAGCUGUUUCAGAGGAUUCAACUCUGUUGUAUUUUUUGUUUUUGUGUAUUGCUGUGUUGUUGCUUGUUCGGUGAUCGGCGAAGAUGAUGUGAAGUGCUUGCAAGGUGUGAAGAGUUCGUUCACCGAUCCCGAAGCAAAGCUCAGUUCGUGGACCUUCGCGAACGCGUCGAUCGGUUUCAUCUGCAAGUUCGUCGGCGUUUCGUGCUGGAACGAUCGGGAAAACCGCUUGAUCAGCCUCGAGCUUCGUGAUAUGAAUCUCGGUGGUGAUAUUCCCAACUCUCUUCAGUAUUGUUAUAGUCUGCAAACUCUCGAUCUCUCUGGUAACAAUCUUAAUGGUUCGAUUCCUAAUGAAAUUUGCUCUUGGUUGCCUUAUUUAGUAACCCUAGAUUUGUCUAACAACAAUCUCGUCGGUUCGAUUCCUGUUAAUCUCGUCAACUGUACGUUUUUGAACAUUCUGAUUCUCUCGAACAAUCAAUUAACCGGUACUAUUCCGUAUCAAUUAUCCAGUUUGGGUCGGCUUAAGAAGCUUUCUGUUGCUAAUAACCAUCUGUUUGGUACAAUUCCUUCGUUUCUCAAUGCAUUUGAUUCGGCCAAUUUUGUGGGGAACAGUGGACUCUGUGGCGGUCCGCUUGGAAAGUGUGGUAGUUUAAGUAAGAAGAAUCUUGCAAUUAUUAUCGCUGCUGGUGUGUUUGGUGCCGCGGCGUCGCUUUUGUUGGGGUUUGGUCUGUGGUGGUGGUACUUCACCAAGGCGAGUCGGAGGAGGAAGAGAGGGUAUGGAUUUGGGAGAGAUGAUGAUGGAAGUUGGGCUGAGAGAUUGAGAGCUCACAAGCUUGUUCAAGUUCAAUUGUUUCAGAAACCGCUUGUGAAGGUGAAGUUGGCGGAUUUGAUGGCUGCGACGAACAAUUUUAAUGCUGAAAAUAUUAUAAUUUCGAGUAGAACAGGGACAACUUACAAGGCUGUUCUUCCUGAUGGGUCUGCACUUGCAAUUAAGCGGCUUAACACUUGCAAGCUAAGUGAGAAGCAGUUUCGGUUGGAGAUGAAUAGAUUAGGGCAGCUUCGGCAUCCAAAUUUGGCACCAUUGUUGGGAUUUUGUGUGGUGGAAGAGGAGAAGCUUUUGGUUUAUAAGCACAUGUUGAACGGAACUAUGCAUUCGCUGUUGGAUGGGAAUGCAAGCGUAUUGGAGUGGCCAACUAGGUUUAGGAUUGGUUUCGGUGCUGCAAGGGGACUUGCUUGGCUUCACCAUGGCUGCCAACCGCCUAUCUUGCACCAGAAUAUAAGCUCUAAUGUGAUUCUCCUUGACGAAGAUUUUGAUGCUCGGAUAAUGGACUUUGGGUUGGCUAGGCUUAUGACAUCUUCUAAUAUGAAUGAGGGUACUUUUGUCAAUGGAGAUUUGGGUGAAUUUGGUUACAUAGCUCCGGAGUAUUCUAGCACAAUGGUUGCUUCAUUAAAAGGGGAUGUUUAUAGUUUUGGGGUGGUGCUUUUAGAGUUGGCUACGGGCCAGAAACCUCUUGAUGUCUGCAACACUGAGGAAGAAUUCAAAGGUAAUUUGGUGGAUUGGGUAAGUCAGCUUUCCAGUUCUGGUCGAAUAAAAGAUGCCAUUGAUAAGAGUCUAUGUGGAAAGGGGCAUGAUGAGGAAAUUGUGCAGUUUCUGAGAAUUGCAUAUAAUUGUGUGGUUUCUCGGCCUAAGGACAGAUGGCCAAUGUACCAAGUUUAUGAAUCAUUGAAGAGCAUUGCGGAGGAACAAGGAUUCUCAGAACCAUAUGAUGAAUUUCCACUACUUUUUUGCAGGCAAAAUACUGAUUAAAUUUGGCGCAAAAAAGGGAGGAGCACUCUACAUCUUCUUGUAGAAAAAUUCAAGCGUCUAACAGUAAGUUCACAAAUCCACUAGAUGUAAAUUGAUCUUCCUUUAGCUAGCUUUCCUGAUGCCUUUCCCAUUUCAUUGGAUAUAUAUGUUGUGAUACAAUAAACUCCUCAAACUGUAGCUUCUUGUAAUUUAGGAGGUCUGUUAAAUGUUAUCUGUAUUACUUUUCUGUUGUUUUAAUUCUUAAUCCUUUGAUAAUCCUUAAUCAUGUAUUCAUCCACUAUUGUCUGGUAUUAGUUUUCUGUUGUUUUAA